AUGCCGCGAGGAAAUGGUUUUCGGCUUCGGGUGGACACGCCUCUUGAUGAGUACUUGACAUGCAAGGGCAGGGGGAACAAUCGGGCAGAUCCGGCCGCCGGGCUGGCAGCCCAUACAAAGCCUCCAAAACCCUUUGCGACGGCAUUAGUAGCAGACACAGACUUGCCCAAACACCACCCUCGGAUUCCUCUGAACACCGAAGGAGAGCUGCCCGUCCACAGCUCCCGAGAACCACCCAGUGGCAGCUGCCUGUCAGGGUCCUUGCACGACAGAGAGUGGUCUCUGAGACCAGAAGCCUCUGAGAUUGUGCCGGGAGCUCAACAGGCAAUUUUCACCCAGAAAAACAAGCUGCUCCCGGACCCACUGGACACCCGAUGCUGGCAGGGCUUCCGGCUGGAGGAGUAUGUGAUAGGACAGCCCAUUGGCAAGGGUUGCAGCGCAGCUGUGUACGAAGCCACCGUGCCUGUGCUGCCCCAGAGCCUGCAGGUGGCAAGGAGCACCGGGCUUCCUGGCAGAGGCCCAGAUACCGCUCCCCAGGAAGAGGAGCCGGCUUCCCGGGCCACCGGCUUUCCCUUAGCCAUCAAGAUGAUGUGGAACAUCUCGGCAGGCUCUUCCAGUGAAGCCAUCUUGAACACAAUGAGCCAGGAGCUAGUCCCAGCUAGUCGAGUGGCCUUGGCCGGGGAGUACGGAGCAGUCACUUACAGAAAGUCCAAGGGAAGUCCCAAGCAACUGGCCCCUCACCCCAACAUCAUCCGGGUCUUCCGUGCCUUCACCUCUUCUGUACCACUGCUGCCAGGGGCCCUGGUCGACUACCCUGAUGUGCUGCCGCCACGUCUUCACCCCGAAGGCCUGGGCCACGGGCGGACGCUCUUCCUCGUUAUGAAGAACUACCCCUGCACCCUGCGCCAGUACCUUCGUAUGAACACCCCGAGCCCCCGCCUCGCCACCGUGAUGAUCCUGCAGCUCCUGGAAGGGGUGGAUCAUCUGGUUCAACAGGGCGUCGCGCACAGAGACUUGAAAUCUGACAACAUUCUCGUGGAGCUGGACGCAGAUGGCUGCCCCUGGUUGGUGAUCACAGAUUUUGGCUGCUGCCUGGCUGAUGAGCGCAUUGGCCUGCAGCUGCCUUUCACCAGCUGGUAUGUGGACCGGGGUGGAAACGGCUGCCUGAUGGCUCCUGAGGUGUCCACAGCCUGCCCGGGCCCCAGAGCAGUGAUUGACUACGGCAAAGCCGAUGCCUGGGCAGUGGGUGCACUCGCCUACGAAAUCUUCGGGCUCUCUAAUCCCUUUUACGGCCAGGGCAGGGCCCACCUUGAAAGCCGCAGUUACCAGGAGGUUCAGCUGCCCGCACUGCCCAAGUCAGUGCCUCUGGAAGCAAGACAGUUGGUGAGGUCACUGCUCCAGCGAGAGGCCAGCAAGAGACCGUCUGCCCGAGUGGCUGCCAAUGUGCUUCACUUAAGCCUCUGGGGGGAACACACGCUGGCCCUGAAGAAUCUGAAACUAGACAAGAUGGUCGGCUGGCUCCUCCAACAGUCCGCUGCCACUUUACUGGCCAACAGGCUCACGGAGAAGAGCUGCGUGGAGACAAAGAUGAAGAUGUUAUUUCUGGCCAACCUGGAGUAUGAAACGCUGUGCCAGGCAGCCCUGCUCCUCUGCUCCUGGAGAGCAGCCCCAUAAGGGCCCUGCUGUAGCUGAAUUACUAAAAGAACUUAGCAGCAUCCGUGUGGUGAUGGUCUGUGAAUGGGCAGAGCUCCCAGGAGUGAGGGCGGGAGCAGAACAAGAUGGCGUAGGGAGGGCUGGUCAGCCCCGGAGAAGGCCUCGGGUUUGGCAAAUGGAAGGAACAGCUAGCUCACGUCCAAGUUCAGUCCGUAGCUACUAACUCACCCUAGCCGUGCCAUCCUAGGUGCCUCAUGUAACCUGUGUGGUCUGACGUUCUCACGGGCAGCGUCGAGGAGCUGGCAAACAGACUGUCUCGUAGCGCAGAAGCAGUCUUAAAUAUGUAAAUACACCGAAAUUUGAAUUUCACGGGUAACUAAUAUUUUAAUUUUUUCCAACUAUUUGAA